AUGAAGCAGCAGCUGGAACGGGAAGACGAUCAAGAGAAGAUGAAGCAGCAGGAGAAUGACAAGCCCAAGCAGGAGGAGCAGCGACCCAAGCCAAUUCUACUGCCAGCCGGGGGUCGUCGUCCAGGUUCCAGGCCGAAGAUGGUUCGCUUCUCUUCCUCAGCGGAGGACAUUCUUCCCGACGGCACCCGACGGCGGAGUGAAACCCAUCUUAGCGAUGGCCGAGGGGGCUAUGUUGAGUUCGCGUAUCUCGAAGCUUUCCACAAGGCAAACCGGUGGCUAAACCAGAGGGGAAAAACCAAGAAGAAGAUCCGCAGCUUGGAAGAGGAAAAGCGCGAGGAAACAGAAGAGGAGAAGCACGAGGAAAAGUCUUGGAGUGUUAGCGCGCUCCGGAUUCUGAUCAGACUCACCGAGCAGCUUUACGAGGAGCUCAACAGCAAAUCCAGCGACCGAGAGAGGAUCAAGCGAGCGCGGAAGAUGAUGAGGCUCCAGAAAAUGCUGGAUAGGAUCCCGAGUGAGAGGAAACCGUGGAAGAAGCUUCAGUCCGGCGAGGUGGUCUUCGUGAAGGAGGCAAAAGAACUAUAUGAUCGUGCGGGGAGAGAUUUUGUUGCCGAAUUCAAGAGGAGACAGAGAGCUGAAGUGAACGAUGAGUGUUUGUUUUGUCGGAACCAUGAUGGCGAGAAGAUGAUCGGCCGGGCUGGAGCGAACUCUAAGACGACUAGACCCUGGGUUUACCUGAGAAGAGAACACGAGCAAACUAUGGUAUCUGGUAGCUGGUUUGAUCAGCACUCUCAAGCUGGAAGCAUUAGAAACCAGCUCCAGGGACUUGUUCCAGACUCAAGUCUAGAUAUUGAGAGAUGA